GUCAGAAUUCAUGCCCACAGGAGGGAGCUGCGGGGAUUAGUUUACAAAUGCAGAACAAAGCUGCUAUGCGGAGUGUUUCAGAGUUUCCAUUGGAAAAGAAACCUGCAACUAGCCUGACAAACAUGGAUCAACAGUCGUCUGCUCAGAUUUCCCAAACCAACAUUGUUUCUUCAAGCCCUCAGAGUAUGGGUCCUAGUGCUCAACAAGGAAUUGGUUCUGGAGCGCCUACAGCAGAUCCUGAAAAGCGAAAGCUGAUCCAGCAACAAUUAGUUCUUUUAUUACAUGCUCAUAAGUGCCAGAGAAGAGAACAAGCCAGUGGUGAGGUGCGCCAGUGCAACUUACCUCAUUGUCGUACCAUGAAGAAUGUGCUGAAUCAUAUGACCCACUGCCAGGCUGGAAAAACAUGCCAAGUUGCACACUGUGCCUCUUCACGACAGAUAAUUUCUCACUGGAAGAACUGUACUCGACAUGACUGCCCAGUCUGUUUACCGCUGAAGAAUGCUGGGGAUAAGCGUAACCAACAAUCUUUGUUUGGUAGCCCACCAAUAACUGUAGGAGCUACAGGGACUGCGAGUACCGCUGGCAAUGUGAACCAACAGCCAACACCCUCCAUUAAUUCUAACAACCAGAUUGAUCCUAGCUCUAUUGAGAGAGCUUAUGCAGCUCUGGGAUUACCAUAUCAGGGGAACCAGAUGCAAUCCCAAUCUCAUACACAAGCUAAGGUUCAUCAACCAGGGCAGUCAACUCAGGCAAUGCGCUCUAUGAACUCAAUAAAUGCAAAUUCAAUGGAUGUCAAUGGUGGAAUUGAUGUGCAGAGCUCUAACUUGCUUCCUGAUUCUGUGCUACAUUUAGGCAUUAAUUCUCAAAACUCUCUGAUUGGUGAUGGCGGGAGUACGUCCAAGCUAGGAUCCAUGCCCGUUGCAAACCCACCAUCUGGCAUUGGGGGCCGAAAACCCUGGCAUGAAGAUAUAACCCAGGACCUCAGAAACCAUCUUGUUCACAAACUUGUUCAAGCCAUAUUCCCAACACCUGACCCAGCAGCGCUAAAAGACCGACGUAUGGAGAAUCUUGUAGCAUAUGCUCGAAAAGUGGAAGGCGACAUGUAUGAAUCUGCUAAUAGCAGGGCGGAAUACUACCAUUUACUUGCAGAGAAAAUCUAUAAAAUACAGAAGGAGUUGGAGGAAAAGCGGCGCAAUAGGAUGCAGAAACACCUUGUUCCUAGUGCUCCAGGCAUGACUUCUACACCAGUUAACUUUGGCCUGGGUGUGCCCCCAACACAGUCAGUUGUAUCUACAAACGGUCCAGUACCUGAUCCAAGCCUUCUGCGAUCUGCUGUUCCAAACCAGAUGAUUAAUACCAUGUCAAGCCAACCAGGAACGAACCAGUUUGGGCAGCCUGGUAUGCCGUUGCAGUCAAUGAUCCAAAGACAGCAGACACCAAUAUCGCAGCAGACGGGACAGUCUACACCCAUGAAUCCGCUGGGAUUUCCUCAGUCACCAUGCGUGCCUCAGGUUGCACAGAAUCGUUUCAUGUCCCCAAAUCAAUUCCCGGUUUCACCUUCUGUGUUGAACACUGUGGGUCUGAACUCUUCUGGUAUGCCUAUGUCCCAGUCUGCGAGUCAAAAUUCCCCUUCACAGGGCCAGAUGACACAUUCUCCUAAUCCUGUGCAUUCUCCUGCAAUACCUCAAGAGUCAGUUGGGAAUCCACUUGAAAGUCAUGUGCAGGCAUCAGUCCAUCAUAAUUUACCAUCCCCAGCUCCAAGCCGUACACCAACCCCCAAACUUACAUCUCCGGGGUUGGCUGCAUCUCAUGCAAUGAUACCUACUGAACAUGUGUCAACUGCUGCACCCUUGGUGCAAAUACCGCAAAGUGGGAGCCCUUCUUCACCACAGGUGACACCGUCAUUAGCAGGCACUACAUCUGGUAUGCCAAGUGUUGAGCAGCCGUUUACUACGUCACCUCAGCAGUUAACACAGGCACCAUCAUCUCGGCCCCCAUCACAGCCAAGUUUGUCGACACCUGUCUCCACUCCUACUGCACCACCUCCGCCACCAACACACCUUCACUCAAGUCCUGUGCUUUCAGAGUCUACACCUGUUUUGGAAUGUUCUGGUUCCAGCCCAUCAACGGCUCAUAGCCCUGAUAACGGUUCACAGCAGAAUGCCCCUGAGCAUCCCGUGCAAGAUAUAAAUAUGGAGAUUAAACAGGAAGAAGUAGAACCAGGAACUGUAGAAGCACCUUCUGAGGUGAAGUCAGAGGUUAAAAAUGAGAUUGUUGACUGCAAGCCCGAAUCAAUGGAUUGUGCAGAGAAAAGCAGUGGAACUUCAGAUGUGAAAGAGGAGCAAGAAAAACCAGGCACACCUGUACCACAGUCUUCCCCUUCAGGGGAACCUAAAGUGAAGAUUUUCAAACCUGAGGAGCUACGCCAAGCUCUCAUGCCUACACUAGAGGUAUUAUACCGCCAAGAUCCAGAAUCUCUUCCAUUUCGUCAACCUGUAGAUCCUCAAAUAUUGGGAAUCCCGGAUUACUUUGAGAUAGUCAAAACUCCUAUGGAUCUGUCAACUAUUAAACGCAAACUGGACACAGGGCAGUACCAGGAGCCAUGGCAGUAUGUGGAGGACAUUUGGCUGAUGUUCAACAAUGCCUGGUUGUACAAUCGAAAAACAUCUCGUGUAUACAAGUACUGCUCAAAACUGGCUGAAGUAUUUGAACAGCAAAUUGACCCAGUUAUGCAGAGUUUGGGAUACUGUUGUGGCAGAAAACUUGAAUUUUCUCCACAAACUUUAUGCUGCUAUGGGAAACAGUUAUGCACAAUUCCACGUGAUGCUACUUAUUACAGUUACCAAAACAGUUCACCCAAAUAUGGCCUUCUUGCUGAUAGGUACCACUUCUGUGAAAAAUGCUUCAAUGAGAUCCAAGGGGAGAGUGUAUCUCUUGGCGAUGACCCAACACAGCCACAGACUACCAUCAACAAAGAUCAGUUUUCCAAGCAGAAAAAUGACACCCUGGACCCUGAACAGUUUGUGGACUGCUUAGACUGUGGUCGGAAAAUGCACCAAAUUUGUGUUCUUCAUAAUGAGACAAUCUGGCCAACUGGUUUUGUUUGCGAUGGUUGCCUGAAGAAAAGCGGUCAAACCAGAAAAGAGAACAAGUUUUCAGCAAAACGAAUGCCAACUACAAGAUUAGGUUCAUUUUUGGAGAAUCGUGUCAAUGAUUUUCUAAGGAGACAAAAUAAUCCCGAGGCUGGAGAAGUUACCGUGCGUGUUGUCCAUGCCUCUGACAAAACAGUGGAAGUGAAACCUGGUAUGAAAGCCAAGUUUGUGGAUACAGGAGAAAUGGCAGAGUCUUUCCCUUACCGUACAAAGGCCCUUUUUGCUUUUGAAGAGGUAGAUGGGGUUGAGUUGUGCUUUUUUGGCAUGCAUGUACAAGAGUAUGGGUCUGAUUGCCCACCACCCAACCAGAGGCGUGUAUACAUCUCUUACCUGGAUAGUGUUCACUUUUUUCAACCAAAGUGCUUAAGGACAGCUGUCUACCAUGAGCUUUUAAUUGGAUAUCUUGAAUAUGUUAAGAAACUUGGGUACACAACUGGACAUAUCUGGGCUUGUCCUCCUAGUGAAGGAGAUGACUACAUUUUCCAUUGUCAUCCUCCCGAUCAGAAAAUUCCAAAGCCCAAACGUUUACAGGAAUGGUAUAAGAAAAUGUUGGACAAAUCUGUGUCGGAGCGCAUCGUUCAUGACUACAAAGACAUCUUCAAACAGGCAACAGAAGACAGGCUUACUAGUGCCAAGGAGUUGCCCUACUUUGAAGGCGAUUUCUGGCCAAAUGUAUUGGAGGAGAGCAUCAAAGAAUUAGAACAAGAGGAGGAAGAAAGAAAGAGAGAAGAAAAUACUGUCCUUGAUGAAAGUGUUGAGGUUGGAAAAGGUGAUAGCAAGAAUGCAAAGAAAAAGAACAACAAAAAGACAAGCAAAAACAAAAGCAGUCUGAGCAGAGGGAACAAGAAGAAACCUGGCAUGCCUAAUGUUUCCAAUGACUUGUCACAAAAGCUGUAUGCCACAAUGGAAAAACACAAAGAGGUCUUUUUUGUUAUCCGGUUAAUUGCUGGGCCUGCUGCCAACUCCCUGCCCCCUGUUGUAGAACCAGAUCCCUUAAUUCCUUGUGACCUAAUGGAUGGACGUGAUGCCUUUCUAACUCUUGCAAGGGACAAACACUUGGAAUUCUCCUCUAUGCGUAGAGCUAAAUGGUCUACUAUGUGCAUGCUGGUGGAACUUCAUACCCAAAGCCAGGACCGAUUUGUCUACACUUGUAAUGAGUGCAAACACCAUGUAGAGACACGAUGGCACUGCACAGUGUGUGAGGAUUAUGAUUUGUGCAUCACAUGUUAUAGUACAAAAACCCAUGAGCACAAAAUGGAAAAACUUGGCCUUGGCUUGGAUGAUGAGAGUAGCAAUCAGCAGGCAGCAGCAACACAAAGUCCUGGAGAUUCUCGUAGGUUAAGUAUUCAACGCUGUAUCCAGUCCCUGGUUCAUGCUUGCCAGUGUCGCAAUGCAAACUGCUCACUGCCAUCAUGCCAGAAGAUGAAGAGAGUAGUACAGCAUACAAAGGGCUGUAAACGCAAGACAAAUGGAGGAUGCCCAAUAUGCAAGCAACUUAUAGCACUUUGUUGCUACCACGCCAAACACUGCCAGGAGAACAAAUGUCCUGUGCCCUUCUGUCUCAACAUAAAACACAAGCUUCGGCAGCAGCAGUUGCAGCACAGGCUUCAACAGGCACAAAUGUUGCGCAGACGUAUGGCAAGCAUGCAAAGAACAGGGGUAGUAGGUGUUCAGCAAAGUCUUCCUUCCCCAAAUUCAGCUGGUCCAACAACACCAACAGGACAGCAGCCCCCCAUAUCACAUACUCCUCAAUCACAGUCACAGCCUCAACCACUUCCUUGUAAUAACAUGCCAUCUUAUGGUAUGCAGCAUGCUCUUCCCUCCAGCUGUAUGUCACAGGGCAAUCCAGCAGCCCAAGUAACACCACCAUCAUCCCAGGCAGGAUCAGUUCAGCCUUCGGGUCCCCCUCCAGCGGCUGUGGAGAUGGCUAUGAAGAUUCAAAGGGCAGCAGAGACUCAAAGACAAAUGGCAAAGUCACAACCUUUCCCACCCCAAAUGUCAAACGCUCACCAAAUGCAGCCAAUGAAUGCCAUGCAGUCUACAGGGAUAAACACACAAGGACUACGAGGACCAAUUCUAAUGGACUCGGGGAUGAGACCUACAGGAAUGGGACCUACAGGAAUGGCGCAGCCACACCAGCCUUCAAUGCCCCAACAACUAGCACGUGUACAGAGUAGAUCACAAAUCAUGCAACCUACCAUGCAGAGACCACCUGUAAUGUCUGUACAGCAAGGACAGCAAAUGAAUAUUAAUCCGCAGGCUGGUAUGGGACAGAUUCCUGGAACAGGCCAGGGAAAGCAAAGUUCCUUGCCACAAGCUGCACUGCUCCGUACAUUGCGGUCCCCUAGUUCCCCAAUGCAGCAGCAGCAGGUACUUAAUAUACUGCACUCCAAUCCACAGCUAUUAGCUGCUUUUAUAAAGCAAAGGGCGGCUAAGUAUGCCAGCACCCAGGGUUUACAGAGUGCUGGCAAUAUGCCUGGGAUGCCCUCCCAAGGAAGUCUACCCCAUGUCAUGCACCCCAAUGCAAGCAUUCAAAGUGUGAGCCCGAUGCAGGCUGUAGGACAACGGACAAUGCCACAGCAGCCUCAGGCUCCACAGCCACAGACUAUUCAGUCUCCCUCAUCUCAACAGGCCAUAGCAGGGUUGAAUUCACAGGGCCAACCAAUGAAUAUGAACCAUGCUGGAAUUUCCCCCCAGUUUCGUGAGCUUCUAAUCAGGCGCCAGCAAAUGAUGCAGCAACAGCAGGGAUCUGGUAUUGGAAUGAUGAAUCACAACCAGUUUCAGCAACACCAAGUCAUGAGCGGGUAUACACAACAGCAGCGCAUUCAACAUCAUAUGCAAAUGCAACAAGCUAGUAUUGGACAGUUAAGCCAAGUACCACAGGGAAUGGUAAAUGAUACUAACAGCAUGCAGACUUUUAAUCAGCGAAUUCUACACCAACAAAUGGGAUCUCCAGCACAACAGAACCUCAUGAGUCCACAGCAACAUAUGUUGCCAGGUCCAGCCCAAUCUCCCCAUUUGCAGGGCCAGCAGCUCCCGCCUUCAUUAAGCAACCAAGUGCGCUCUCCUCAGCCAGUGUCCUCCCCCCGAUCCCAGCCACCUCAUUCUAGUCCAUCACCGUGUAUGCAACCUCAGCCCUCUCCCCACAAUGUUUCUCCGCAGGCAAACUCUCCUCAUACAAGCAUAGUAGUUGGGCAGGGGAACCCUGUGGAUCAAGGGCAUUAUGGGAGCCCAGAUCGCACAUCCAUGUUGUCUCACUUAUCUGGUCUUCAUGGAGGGGGAAUAUCUGACUUGGGUUUAAGUGCAGAUAACUCAGACCUUAAUUCCAGCCUUCCACAGAGUACACUAGACAUCCACUAAAGCAGUAUAAAAGUAGUCAAAUAUGAUUCUUCUUUACUUGGUCAUAAAGACUAUAGCAAAUCUAGGAAAAAGUUUAUUUUCUUCUUAUACUGACUUUUUAUACAAAAGGACAGCUGUUUCUUUACUGAGAAUUUGGGAGGAUGAGUGGAAAUUUAGGAUUUGUAAAUAUUUUUUUAGAAUAUAUAUGUAUAAUUUUUUUGUAUUAUUGAAAGACUCUCUGAUGUAUAAAGACCUGCAGAGCGUGGGGAGGGGCAUAUAUUAAUAUUCCUGUUUUUGUUAUUAUAAUUAUUGCAAAGAGAAUAUAUUUUCAGUGGCUGGGCCAGCCUCAUGACCUCUUCUUCUUUUUUUUUUUUUUUUUUUUUUCUUUUCUAAAAUACAUUU